AUGAGCACCUCGCGACGACGUACGCAGGCCGUAGUGUUGUUCGCGGUCUUGGUGCUGUGCUACAUCCUCUUCUUCUCUUCGGAAGCAGACAAGGGCUCAGACUUCCGCGGCAAGACAGAGGCAGCGUUGAAGCGGAAGCACAGUAUCCUGGCGGAGGACCUUAGUGAUGAGGACUACACAGCGCAAACGAACAGCAAGCUACAGGAGAUACUAGCGGAGAAGGAUGGUCGGAAAGCGGCGGUUGACGAUGGUGAAGAAGUCGAAGAUGUGAUACCCGUCGCAGGGCGAAAGACGAUGCCAAAGCCCAAGCAGUCGCCUUCGCACGAGAGUCCGGGCGGGAAGCCGAGAUAUCCAAAGAGCGACGACGCAGACGAUGAACCAGCCAAAGGAGAGAAGAAGUCAGCGGACCCAGGCGAGGACUUUGCACGUGAGGAGCUGCAACAGAUUCUGAAGCGCAGUCCCAUUAUCAUCUUCAGCAAGUCCUACUGCCCUUAUUCGAAGCGGGCUAAGCGAUUGCUUCUGCACCAGUACGACAUUCAGCCGGCGCCGUAUGUGGUUGAGCUGGAUCAGAUGACGAAGAUUGUGCCAAAGGCCGAUGAGGAUGAUGACGAUGUGCAGCUUGGACGUAAGCUGCAGGAUCUGCUGAAGUCUUUGACACACCGCGGUACGGUGCCGAAUAUAUUGAUCAACACGAAGAGCAUAGGUGGUUCGGAUGAAGUCGUGGACAUGGAUUCGAAAGGGACUUUGCUCGAAAAGAUUCUGGAGAUGGGAGGUAAGAGGAUCGUGUCUGCGACGAGGCUUGCCAAAGAGAAGGACUGA